AUGAUUCACGCUGCAACAGGAUGGCCCACUCUGGACCACCGGCUGAGGUUCGAGCCCACGCCUUGCUUCUCCAUCAUCAGCUCUGGCGCUUCGCCAUUCCAAGCACCAAGCAGCAGCAGCAGCAGCCGAGGCGGCGGAGGCGGCAGAAACGUGGGCAACAACAGCAGCAGUGGGCACGGCUCUGCGACGGCACCAGCAGGCACGCAAGCAGGGGCGGCGGGUUUAGGACAAGGCUGCACGGGCUACGAUGAUGAGAUCGGCGUGAUUUGCGUGGACGUGGUGUGCCCGUACACCAGGGCCCUGGUCAUGGAGGGGCUGAAGAGGAGGCGGGGGGCAUGGCGGGUGACGAAGGACACCGCGGAAGCCACUCUACACUGGGGAGACUACGAGAUGAUCGACUGGGAGCGAGUGGUCUCAGGGGAGCUUCGCGCCAGCUCCUACUGCGUUCGGAAGGGUUUGAGCAGGAAGGCUCAGUUGUCGAGGUACUGCAACAAGUACGCGUCCAAGAGGCCUGGGACUCCGUUGGAGACGGCAAUGCCGCGCACGUUGGUGAUCGACACGUGGGAAGCGUUCGACGACGACAUGACGUUCAAUCUUGGAGGAGACAUCGCGGCGUUCGGGUCCGACCUAGGGGUCAGGCAGAGCGUGAGCCUGGAGACCCGGCUGGACUGGUGCCUGGGAGACGCGCAGGAGUGGAUCGAACGGGACGGGAAGGAGGAAGCGGACGAAGAGGGAGGAGGAGGAGGAGGAGGAGGAGGAGGAGGAGGAGGAGGAGGAGAAGAAGACGUCCAUCGCACCGGGACCACGGAGGGGGACGAGGGGAAGGUGGCGACGAGGGGGAGAUGGAUACUCAAGCCGUCCACCCUCAACAAGGGUGCCGGGUUGGCCCUCGGGGAAGACUUCGAGACCCUCAGGCGGGCGAUUCACGACUCCCCCGACAUCAGGGAGUGGGUGCUUCAGGAGUACGUGGAGAGGCCGCUGCUGGCGGAGGGGCGCAAGUUUCACCUCCGAGCGUACGCUCUGGCCGUGGGGUGCAUCCAGGUGUACGUCUACGACACGGUUCUGCUGCUGCGAGCGGCGAAGCGGUACCCCGCGGCAGGGAGCGGGGGCGGGGGCGACGCGUUUGGGGACGAGGACGCCCUGGCCCACAUCACCAACACGGCGAGGCAGUCGGAGGACGCCGCCUUUCGAGAGGAGGACUACGUGUGGGUGUUGGACGAUCUGAUCGGGGAACUGGAGAGGCAGGGCCGAAGCCCCGAGGACGCCCGGGCAAAGGUGGACGGGAUAAUGGCGGACAUGAGGUCGCUUACCACUGAACUUUUCCGGGCCUUUCGAGGAGAGUUCGCCGUCUUCUCCCCCCUGCCCGGUUGCUUCGAGCACUUCGGCCUGGAUUUCUUGGUGGACGAGGACUUCCACGUGUGGCUGCUCGAGGCUAACCCGGGCCCGGACUUUAAGCAGACGGGAUCGAGACUGAAGCCCGUCAUCGGGGGUCUCAUCGAGGGCUCGAUGCGGUUAUGCCUGGAUGACGUCGCGAGGACGGGCGGCGACAAGAGCGGCGGCGGCCCGGCGGGGGCAAGAAGCGGGUUUUCCCUCGUCCUCGACGAGCAGUGGCGAGGGACCUCGUCGGCGCCGUCCAUGAAGAUGGUGUAG